GUUGUGAAAAUUCUGAGAAUAAUCACUUGGUAGCAUUUCGAUGCCAAGUCCAAGUGUCAUGCUUACGUGUCAGAUUUAAAAUGGAGCGGCGGCUGCACGGAUUCGUUCCCCUCACAUUGCAAUGUCUUGGUUGUCUCUUUGCCGUUGCUCGAAUGGAGCGGAGGUGAGAAUUUCACCCAUGGAUGCGUCCUGCACGCCAACAUGAUAAGCACAGACUCAGUUAUAGCUGCUGCCUAUCUAUCGCCAAGGUGAGAGAGGCUCUUGACUGUUGCCAUGGAGACCCCAUAGCCAGAGCUCUAUAACCAAGAUCUGUUUCCUUGGUGACCCGAUAAAAAAAGAACCAGGUAACUAUUUCAAUCUGUUGCCAUGGUGUCGCCGUAACGGGGCCCUUCAGCAUAAAACGAGGUCGAUGAUGAUGAUGAUGAUGACGAUGAGCCGUUAGGUGGCAAGGCACAUAUUGCACCACUUUAUCACGAUGGGAACAUCCAGGAUGUUUCACAUUUUCGUCGUCCUGGGCUCCGCCUUCAUGAUCCUUUUAAUCAUCCUCUACUGGAAGGAAGUCGGAGCGUCCCAUCAGUAUUUGCACACCCCUGUCUCACCCGGACCCAAAAUGACAAAACCUGCUCAACAGCAGCAGCAACAUCCGCAGAAGCCUCAACCCCCCCAACCCCCGUCCUUCCUCUCCGACAUCGAUGCCUUUGUCAACCAGUUCUUAGAGCCUGGAACUGGCGAACCCACUGACCAGGUGCCCGCCGAAGCAAGCAACCAAUCAGAGAAGGCGGAAGAGCGAUAUGUUCCGAGGCAGGAGUGGAAGAUUCAUUUGACUCCAGUGGCAGCAGAGCUUCGCCAGAGACAGGAGAACCGGCAGAGGUUACUUAAAGAUCUGUGCGCCAAUGACAGCCUGGAGUUCCCCGGCAAAAACCGCUCAUUUGACGACAUUCCCAACAAGGAGCUGGAUCAUCUCAUAGUCGAUGACAGGCACGGUGUUAUCUACUGCUACGUGCCAAAGGUGGCUUGUACCAACUGGAAGCGAAUCAUGAUCGUUCUCAGCGAGAGUCUGCUCCGCGACGGCGUUCCCCAAAGGGACCCGAUGGCCAUCCCCAGGGAUCUGGCUCACAACGCCAGCAUGCAUUUCACCUUCAACAAGUUUUGGAAGCGCUACGGCAAAUUUGCAAGGCACCUCAUGAAGGUCAAACUGAAGAAGUACACAAAGUUCCUUUUUGUGCGGGACCCAUUCGUGCGUCUCAUAUCCGCCUACCGGGAUAAAUUUGAGCUGCGCAACGAGGACUUUUACCGCCGCUUCGCUAAAGUCAUGCUGCGGCGCUACGCCAACCACUCGACGCCCCCCGACUCUGUGGAUGAGGCGUUUACCUUGGGGGUUCACCCUUCCUUCUCUCAUUUCACCCAGUAUCUACUGGACCCUCAGACGGAGAAGUACGGUCCCUUUAAUGAGCACUGGCAGCAGGUAUACCGCCUGUGUCACCCGUGCCAGAUCCAAUAUGACUUUGUGGGCCACUUGGAGACGGCCGAGGAAGACGCUGAGCAUUUGCUACGCCUGCUGCGCGUGGACAACGUGGUGGAGUUUCCUACCUCGCACAGGAAUCUGACAGCCAGCGACUCGGAAUCAGACUGGUUCAGCACGGUGCCGCUGGAGGUGCGGAGGGAACUUUACAAGCUGUAUGAACCCGACUUCAGGCUUUUUGGUUACGAUAGACCCCGCUCUAUCCUCAAUGAGUGACUCUGACGCAACUUGACAAGAUGGAAGAAGUGUUUUCUUGAAAGUCCCUGUAAAGUGAAAAAAAAAAAACAAUUUGAGCUCUACGUUUGACACGCCGCAGAGAAGAGUUUUGCUAGCCAUGUAGAAAAAUUUGAACGAUUAAAACAAAAUGGCAAAAGACAUCAUGAGCUGUGGGCGUGUCCACUGAAUUCGUUUUAGCCACGCCCCGCUCAGCUGUCAACUACAAGUCAAAUGCCUCUGCUUCAACCUGGAAAAAUCGAUGCUACUCUGUCUUGCAUCUUUCUAAUACCUCCGCAGAUGUUUGAGCUGCGAAACUACAGCACAUCUCUCGAACGCCUGUCCAAACACUCAUUUUGAAGUCCCUCGAUCCAUUAAAAAAAAUAAAAAUAAAACUGAAUUGAAGCGCUAGUUUACUCUCACAAGCUGAAGAUGCAUUUUUGAGGUACAGGCCUAUGUAGCUAGCAAGCUAACCGCAUGUCACAAUUGUGCCGCCUAAAUGCUAAUGCAAACGAUGGUGCUGAAGUUAUCACUGGGCACUUUUUUUUAGCCACGCUGAAAUAAAUCGGAAAAACCGCAACGUCAAAAAACACUUCAACUGUCUGACUCCGCAUUCACGUGCCACACAGUUGUCGGUCUUUGCACAUGUUUUCAGAAAUGAUCUUCAAACGUGUCUAAUCGGAGACACAUCUCGAAAUUCACUUCACAGGGUCUUUGAUGAACACCCUUUUUUUCCAUUUCACUCCGAGAAUAAUAUUUGGCAUCUGCUGCUAUCGGAAGCACAAAAGUGAGCCGGAGAAAAAUGUGAAUGGACAAUUCAUUUGAAGAUUUCAUAAUCCCACAAAGCACACAAAUGAGUGCGAAGCAGUCUGCUCAACAAAAGGUGUCUUGUGUCAUUUCGUGCCUCCAGAGAGCUCCCACCGCCGGCAUUUUCCACUUGGUAGCUCAGAUGUCACGUUUGAUUGGACGCUGGCAUUUAACAUGUGAUUUCCCAACGCCGGCUUUGUAGCUCGUUUGGCCAAUCUGACACAUUUUUAAUGCUGCCGCAUGCCGGUGACAUUUAUUUCGUAUUGUGCAAUGUUUUCUUGAAAUCCUCCAUUUUUUUUUUUUUUUUUUGAAAGCAUGACUGGUGAUAACCGCCGAUGGAACGCUCAACACUAAGUAGGGCAAUAUCAUGAUCAAGUGAAUUGGCCUUCAGCUUGGAGACCCAAUUUCAAUACAACAUGAAGUGACAUAUUCAAUUUUUGGCUUUA